UAGCGUUAAUGUGACAUUGACGAGGGGACGGCAGAAAGUCAUUCGUGUUGCUAGUGUUGUAUCGACCCGAGUUUAUAAGCCGAGAUAUUCGAUGGAAACGAAUGCAACACACUUGAUACCGUCUUCCAAUAAAAGGAAGUUAGAGGACCUUGAGGAAGAGGAUUCUGUGAGUGACAACUCGGUUUAUCCCCAGGCUCCGCCCCUUGCCCCGCCCCAGGCCUGUGGUCAACCCUCAAGGAAGUGCCAGGUUGAGGAAGGUUUCUCCUGGUGGACUUGUGCCAUGUAUGGGAUGCCCUAUGAUAAAACGAAGCCUCAGGCACGACCAGCCGAGGGAAACUAAGAAUAAACAGAUAAAAACAUUAAAAUGGAAGCUUGGAAUAUAUACUGAUGAGUCUCUGAUUGUCUUUCUUUUGUGUGGAAUCCAUGGAAAUCCCAUAAAGCAUUUUAUUCUGAAUUACUGCUAAGACAGUGUGAAUGUCCCUUAUUAAUACUUUCAUAUAUAUAGUGGGGUAGGUAUUCUGUAUGUGAACUUCUGAAGAAAGUUGUAUGUGACGACAGUUUUUAUGGACAGAAUUUGUUUUAAAAAUAUAUAUCACCACUUCAACAUGUGAUCAAUGCUGAAAAAUUAAGGAUAUGGCUUUAAGGGACAACGUUGUAUGUAGAAAUUUGUCACUUCCUGUGGAUGUUUGCUUUGGACAGUAGUGAUGAAGGGAAAUGAAAAACACAAAAUUUCUAUGGAAUGUGAAACAAUAGUGUCGGAUUGUGAUGUAAGGGUUGCUGAGGAUGCUGUUCAAUCGGCGCCACGAAAUGCUGGUGAUUCUAGGGAUGACAACAACUUGCAGUUGCUUCUCCAGGCUCCAAACAUAGCCCUUAAUAGUGACCUUCAUCAACCCCCAGAAAAGCCCCUUGACAGUGACCUUUUCCCCCAGCCCCUACAAAAGCUCCUUGACAGUGACCUCCCUCCCCUUCCUCCAGAAGAGCUCCAUGACAAUGACCUUCAACAGCCCCAAGAAAAGCCCCUUGAUAAGGAACUGUCAGAUCUUCCCCUGCCCCUAGAAAAGCCCCUUGAUAGUGACCUCUUUCCCCCGCCCCCAGAAAAGCCCGUUGAUGGAGACCUCCUUCCCCAGCCCCCAGAAAAGCCCCUUGAUAGAAACUUCCUUCCCAAGCUCCCUGAAAAACCCCUUGAUAGCAACCUUCACCAGCCCCUAGAAAAGCCCCUUGAUAGCGACCCCUAUCCCCAGCCCCCAGAAAAGCCCCUUGACAGUGACUGCUGUGGAACAGGUUGUGUGCCCUGUGUGUUUGACAUCCACAUGCAAGAAAUGAAAAUCUGGGAAAAGGAAUGUCGUAGGAUCAGACAAAGACUGGAGUGUGGCAAUGCUGAUGGACAGGAUGAUAGUGUUAAAAUCCUGUCGGAAACAGAAUACCACCAAUUCACUAUAGCCAGUAUUACCACAAUCACCAAGGACACACGGCUGUACCGAUUCCAUCUCCCGACGAAUAGAUCACUCGGUCUGAAACUAGGACAGCAUCUUAUUAUCAGGGGCCUUGUUGAUGGAAAUGUAGUCACACGUCAAUACACACCAGUAUCCGAUGUCAAGGUCACAGACUAUUUUGAGCUUCUCAUCAAGCUGUAUAAAGAUGGGAAGAUGUCACAGUUUAUUGAGACUUGGAGACCAGGGAUGAAAGCGGAUAUGAGAGGCCCCUUUGGAGAGUUUUCAUAUUCACAAAAUCAGCAUGAACGGAUUUUGAUGCUAGCUGCAGGGUCUGGAAUAGCACCAAUGGUACAGAUAAUCCAGGGUGUUCUUAAUAACGAGGAGGAUGAAACGCGUAUCCAACUUCUUUACGCCUGUCGAACUUACAGUGACAUUCUAAUGAAGUCCCAGCUGGACGAGUGGGCGGAGUUUUGGAAUUUCUCUGUUCUAUAUAUACUAAGCCAGGAGCCUUCAGGAGUCAAAACAAACUACCGCUACAAGGACAAGAUACAUCUAGGGCGCUUGGAUAAGGAUUUACUUGUCAAUGAAAUACAAACACCCGUUGUCAGUCGUACAAAGUUUCUGAUCUCAGGGACUAAGUCUUUUGACAAGGACAUGCUCAAAUACUGCAAGAUCCUUGGCAUACUGGACUGUGAUAUCCAUAAAUUUUGAUGAGAAUUGUUGAAUGAAUUGGAGAUGAAAGUGAGCGUAGAGAUGUUAAAUGUGAUAUUACACUUGUGUAUAUAAGAAAUUGUAUUACAAUAAACUUAAAUUGAUUUAC